AUGGAUUACCGUAAUGAUAUCCAACAGUUAGCUCGGGCGCAUCAGUUUCGCCUUCACCCCCUCGCUCUAAAGGGACUGUCUGACUACCUCGCCACUCUCAACGGCAAUAUCGACGCGCAACGUAACGCGCUUCGUGACAUUUUUGCGCUUCUUCAUAGGGCUUGCGGCUUGGAAAGAUUUGUGGACGGUGAAAAAGUGAAAUCUGUUGUAUCUUUGCAUUCAUCUAAGGUACAGGGGGCGAUCGACGGUGUUGUGCCGACUGUUGAUGUGCUAUCGCUGGAUGACACGCCCUAUGCGUAUAUUGAUGAGUGGAGCGGCGAGGUAAGAGUACAGUCAACGCGACAACACGGUGAUCGGUUCACAGUACUUAACCAACGCUACCUUUUUGCCAGAAAAAGGUGCUUAAGGAGUGGCUUGUUCUCCCGGGAUUCUAGCAAGCAACCAAUAGACCAAGGGCUCCCCUCCCUCGUCCCCUCAAUUGCCCUCGAAGGGAUCGACCCCUCUGACACCGUAGCCGUUCUGGGAAUGCUCGUCAAACAUUCCAGCGCAACAUAUUUGGAAGACAUCUACGGUCGCGUCAAGCUUAUCAUGCGUGGGUGUGUGCACCCUCCUGUUGGCGUCGUGGGAGAAGGAUUUUUCGUUGUGGUGAAGGGGCAGUGGGUUGGUGGAUUGUUUGUUGUGGCUAGCGUAGACCUCCCGCCCGCAGAGAGGCGCGAAGACACACUGAGGGUCGUUGGCUCUGAUUUUGAUCUUUUCGGUCGACGCCCCGAUGACGUUGUGGCGGCAUUUAGGCGGGAGAAAACUUCGUUGGGCUCUGUGGUAAUCGUGAUGUCGCAGAUUCACCUUGACCAGCGCUCAACCGUCGAUAGUCUCAUAAGUUUCUUCAGAGAAAUGCAAAACCGGUCGGAAGCUGAGCUGACAGAUACUACACUGGUUAUGGUCGGCGAGUUUUGCUCCAGCCCGAUUCACUACGAUGACGUUUCACAUCUUCCCGAACCCUUCGAAGGCUGUGAUCGCUACAGAUCACUUAUGAACAUUCUCGCGACUGUAAUUACUGUUCAUGCGCCGAGCGUUGCGCAACUCACACAGGUGGUUAUUGUUCCUGGGUGUGGCGACAUUACGGGUCUUCUUGGCGUUUUACCACAGCCACCUAUUGUCAGCACAUUUGGCAAAGUUUUGCAGGCGCGUUUGAAGAAGGUUGUCUUAGCCCCUAACCCUUGCCGGCUGCGCUUCUUCACGCACGAAAUGAUAGUAGUUCGUCGGGAUUUCUCUCGGUCGCUGCGGGAGAAGGAGCGCACAUUCGAGUGGUCCCGGCAUGAGGCAUCCACGCCUGUUAUUUCCUUUGAAAGUAUUGCAAAGACUAUCCUGGACGAGGCGCACUUGGCGCCGGGGGUGACGGAGGGGAUUUUGUGGAAAGCAGAUAAGGCACUCUGCCUACCAGUGCUUCCACAUCUUCUCGUUAUGUGCGACAGCACAGAACAGUGGGAGUGUUCCUACAAGGGGGUUCGUAUCGUCAACCCAGGGCCAUUCUCGCUCGGGAAGACAUUUCUGUGGUAUACGCCAGCUGAUGGGGAGUGUAGCCUGAGCAGUGUCGACGACCAAGUAUGA